AAACCAACAUGUUACCAGUUGUUCUCAACAAAGAAAAUUCGACGUCUGCUAACAAUGCUAGUGUUAAAGUCCAUUAAUAAUUAUUUGUGGUACGCAGUUGUUCAUUGAUGGCUCGAUCAGUAUGAUAGGAUGAUGUGAACUUCUAUUCCGGAUCUACGUAUUCCGAUCAGCUGUACCUACAUGUAACUAUGUUGAGAUCUGGCGUGUAGGUUUAUAGGCUUCAAAUGAUCCACAUUUGAAGAUUCAACUGCUACCAUUGAAUUUUUAAGAGCUUUGAUUCAACCUCUGAUUCAAGACCAAAUGUGCACAUUUGAAGAUUAAAACUCUGUGAUCCGAUCUCCAAGUUGAACCUCUAUCCGGUAUCCAAGUUGAACCUCUAUGAUCCGGUAUCCAAGUUGAACCUCUAUGAUCCGGUAUCCAAGUUGAACCUCUAUGAUCCAGUCUCCAAGUUGAACCUCUAUGAUCCAGUAUUCAAGUUCAACCUCUAUGAUCCGGUAUCCAAGUUGAACCUCUAUGAUCCGGUAUCCAAGUUGAACCUCUAUGAUCCAGUCUUCAAGUUGAACCUCAAUGAUCCAGUUUUCAAGUUGAACCUCUAUGAUCCGGUAUCCAAGUUGAACUUCUAUGAUCCAGUCUUCAAGUUAAACCUCCAUGAUUCAGUCUUCAAGUUGAACCUCAAUGAUCCAGUAUUCAAGUUGAACCUUAAUGAUCCAGUCUUCAAGUUGAACCUCUAUGAUCCAGUCUUCAAGUUGAACCUCUAUGAUCCAGUCUUCAAGUUGAACCUCUAUGAUCCAGUAUUCAAGUUGAAAUUCAAGUUGAACCUCAAUGAUCCGGUAUCUAUGAUUCAUUCUCAAGGUUUAUUACCUCUAAUCCAGAUUUGAAGAUUUCAAAUCUAUCAUACAGAUUUAAUUGUGUAACUUCUGUGAUCUAGACUUGAAAAGUUAACCUGUUUGAUCCACAUGGAUGUUUAAUCUCUACGAUCCAGAUUUUAUGUACAUGUAUGUACAUUUAUCUACAUGUAUGAUUAAAACCUGAGGGUUUACUCUGUCUGUUAGUGUACCACCCAGACUUUAUGGUUUAAUCUGAAUUAUUAAAACCUGAAAGUUUUCUCUAUUAGUGUACAUGUACUAUCCAGACUUUAUGGUGUAAUCUCUAAACUCAAGUUUCACCCUGCCUAGUGGUUGAUCAGCAAUGGCGAGAGAAGACCAGAUAAUGGAGUUUGUGGAACUGGUGCAGCCCCUGUCUUCGCAGGAGACACGGGUAUCGGACAGUGAGCGGCCAGUGACCGUGUCGGGGACAAUCGUCCGCGGCUACCAGUCUGGCCAGGUGGUUGAGGUGCAGAUGGACCUGACGGACAAGGAACUGCAGCGUCUGACGAGCGUGGACGAGACGCCUUUGCCGAGGACGAUGUGCGGCUGGCGUCACGGCAUCCAUGUCAUGCUGAUGUCCUUCCUCGUAACACCCGCGGCGCUCUGCGCUUCGGUGUGCGUGGCCUUCUACAUGGGAACCAUGACCUGGUACAACGUGCACCUGCACUUCAGCGAGGACCGGACUAUCUGGCACCGGAUCCUUGUCUGUCCGUGUCUCAUCCUCACCUUCCCCUUCACGGUCGGGCUGUCUGCCCUCGGUGUCGGACUCUAUGCCGCACUCGUCCAGCUGUCCUGGUUCUACAGCAGCUGGUACAAGGAGUUCUGGGACUUCGAGAAGGGAUUCUAUGGUUGGGUGUGCAAGAAAUGUGGGCUUCCCCAGUGCUCGCCGUACGAAGUGGUCAUUUUGGAUGAAUCACAGCAAACACUUCCAGAGGAUGACACAGUACUAAAGUAGUGCUCGGUUGUGCUUGUAAGUUUUGAAUAAUUUAUUAAUGCGGUGCUAGUAAGGACCAAACUACUUAUAAUAAUAUUAAUAAUAUUCAGCUGGAAGUUUGAUGCAGUAUUUUUUAUGUACUUAUUUACAUGUGCUAUGUUACAUGUAUUACAUGUAUGUAAUUUCUUUUCAUCUUAACCUAGACACUGUUUUAGAUAGCGAUCUUAAUGCUAAGAUCACCUAAAUGAAUUAAUGAAUGAAUGUUUAACAACACCCCAACAUGAAAAAUACAUUGACUAGUGGGUGUCGAACUGAGGUAAUUGCAAAAAUUAAGCGAAAGAUUAUCUUUUAAGUGUAUAGCUAAUGUAUACACUUAAGUGAAUGUUUAUAUUGAUGUGGUUCACAACUUAAGUUUUACAUUUACCAUAGUUUGACAUGCAAUAGCCCAUGUAUUUGUGUGCUGGGGUGUCGUUAAAUGUCCAUUCAUUCAUUUACACUUGCCAGUAAGUUGAUCUUAACGCAAAGAUCGCAUUGUAAAAUGGGGCCCUGAACUCUUAACUAGGGCACAGAAGUGACGGGAAAAGAAGGAACUAGCUGUUGAUCAUUGGAAGAUUUGAACCAUUUGAUUGGCUGUUGGGAUGUUCAGACCAGUAUUUACAACUGUGUGUGAAUAGAUGGAACAUACUAUUGGCUGUUGGGAUGUGCAGACCAGUGUUUACAACUAUGUGUGUGAAUAGAUGGAACAUACUAUUGGCUGUUGGGAUGUUCAGACCAGUGUUUACAACUGUGUGUGAAUAGAUGGAACAUACUAUUGGCUGUUGGGAUGUGCAGACCAGUGUUUACAACUGUGUGUGAAUAGAUGGAACAUACUAUUGGCUGUUGGGAUGUGCAGACCAGUGUUUACAACUGUGUGUGAAUAGAUGGAACAUACUAUUGGCUGUUGGGAUGUGCAGACUAGUGUUUACAAAUGGGUGUGUGAAUAGUGUGAAAAUACCACCCUGUAUAUGGCUAAAUUAGCCAAUUGCUUGCUAAUUUUUAUUAUAAGUGGCUGCAACAUUAGGUUUUUGCUAAUAACAUAUUCCUUAAAUUAACCACAUUUUAAUAAUUUUUAAGGAAAUAAUAGGCCUACUCGACAUACAGUACAUAAUAUUAUUAAUAUUAUCUGAAAAUUGACUAAACUAUUUGUUCCAGUGUGAGCCCUGUCACAGGCAUGGUAGACAACACUUUCGGAGCCCUGUCACAGGCAUGGUAGACAACACUUUCGGAGCCCUGUCACAGGCAUGGUAGACAACACUUUAGGAGCCCUGUCACAGGCAUGGUAGACAACACUUUCGGAGCCCUGUCACAGGCAUGGUAGA